AUGAACUUGUUUAUGCUCAACUUACCUUUGCAGUCAUUUUCUUCUCUGCAAACAUCUGGCUUAGAGCUAGUUGAAGAUGAUAAACUUGAGAAAGAAGAUAAGAUGGUAAAUGAGAAUGAACUUGAUGUACAAAAAGUUGAUAAAAAAUUUGCAGAAGCAUUACAAGAAUAUAAAAAAGGUGAGGAUGGUAUAAAUAAUAAUGUAAUUGUUAAAGAAUCUAAUAAGACAUGA